AUGCACGACAACCGGUGUACUGCUGGGGGCCGGAGAUCUGAUCGCACAGAAGGGCGUGUACUGCUGGGGGCCGGAGAUCUGAUCGCACAGAAGGGCGUCGAAAAGCAACAGGAAAUUAAUUGGCAGCGGACGGCAAAGUUUGGCGCUUUUGGACUACUAUUUAUUGGACCGGUUAUUAGGAAUUGGUUAGUCAUAUUGGAGAGAGUGUACGGCGCGACCGGCAAAUUCACCCCAAUCAAGAAAGUGAUUACGGAUCAGUUAUGUUUCGCACCGGCGCUACAAUUCACAGCCAUUCCAGUGUUGGGCGUAAUGAACGGCCACUCGUUGGAUAAAAUCGAGGCCACCAUUCGUAAGGAUUACUACGAUAUAAUGAUUGCCAAUUGGAAACUCUGGCCAUUCGUAGCUCUGGUCAACUUCUACUUCGUUCCCCUCAACUAUCGACUCCCAGUCGUGGCUUUGGUUUCAUUGUUUUGGAACAUUUACUACACGUGGAAAUUGGGCGAAAAGGGGCCCCACAGUGAACCCCCACAACAUCAGUAGUACUGUCCAGUUGUGACCAAAUCUAGUGUUAUAUUUUUAAUACCCAACAAAAGUGACCAUUUAUUUGUUAAUCAUGUGUCCGGUGAGACAAAUUCCUAUUCAACACAAUUUGCUUACAAUAUUUCAAA